AUGACGCUCCCUUUCCGCGAUAUCAACGUCCAGACGGCGUCUGAUGCCUACAUCUUCACUUCGCCCUCGAGCCCCAAUGCACCAGCUCUCGCUAUCGACCGCCCAACUGGCGAUAUCCGUCUUCUUGAUGCUUCCUUACUUUCCGGGAAGCGCGUCUCGCGCAUUACCAGCAUUGCCGGUAUCCUGGGCGUGAUCCAGCUGCGGUUAGGUGAGCUUCUUUAUGAUGGUUGCGGAGGGUUUGGGUGCGAAGAGCUUGUUACUGACUAUGGUUGUGAAGACAAGUACAUCAUCGUCAUCACAAAAGCCCAACCCGUCGGUCGUCUGCGAGGGCAUAUGGUCUACAAGGUUGUCUCGACAGAUAUCCUGCCCCUCCGCGAAAGACAAGUCAGCGACCCCGAUGAGGACCGCUUCCUCAACCUUCUCCGCGGCUUCAUCAAGCCCGGGCCAAUGUACUUCUCGUACUCUGUCGAUAUUACCAACAGCUUCCAGCGCCAAGCGCAACAGGACGCCGAGAGCCCGCUCUGGAAGCGUGCUGACGACCGCUUCUUUUGGAACCGCUUCAUCCAGUCCGACCUGAUCAACUUCCGCAACAGUGGCGGCCGCGGUCAGCCUGCUCCUCAGCCAAACAUCGACCCUUAUAUCCUCCCGGUCAUCUUUGGCAUGCUCGAGAUCCAUCCAACAACGUUCAAGGGCACCCCUUUAACGAUUGCGCUCAUUUCCCGUCGCUCCCGCCACCGCGCUGGAACCCGUUAUUUUACCCGUGGUCUCGAUGACCAAGGCCACGCCGCCAACUACAACGAAACCGAACAGGUUGUCAUUCUCAACGACCACACCACCGGUCUUGGCGGCUCGUCAUGGCAGCAACAACAAAAGUCAUCCUCUCUCGCCGACGGUGUAGGCAAGGAGAUGCAAAUCCUCUCCUACGUCCAAACCCGCGGCAGCGUCCCCGCCUACUGGGCUGAAAUCAACACCCUAAAGUACACCCCCAAGAUCCAGAUCCGCGCCAUCGAAGCCGCCUACCCAGCCGCCAAAGCCCACUUUGACGAACAGAUCCGCAUCUACGGCGACAACUACCUGGUAAACCUUGUCAACCAAAAGGGCCGCGAAGUCCCCGUCAAGGAGGCCUACGAGAAGGUAGUAGAGAUGCUCGUCUCUCGGCCCAAAGAACACGUCCAGGGCGACCAGCGGACUGACGAGAAGUUCCACACCAUCGAGACAGCCGAGAAGAAAUCCCAGUUUGACAGGCUGCACUACAUCUACUUUGACUUUCACGCCGAGACCAAGGGGUUGCAGAUGCACCGCGCCCAGCUGCUUAUCGACCGGAUGCGCGAGGCGCUCGUGGCCCAGCAGUACUUCCGUGCUAGUGUUGACUCUACCCCCGGUAACAACAACAAGACCGACGGCGGGAGGUUGGACGUCCGGUCGCUGCAGACGAGUGUAGUGAGGACAAACUGCAUGGAUUGUCUGGACAGGACGAACGUGGUACAGUCUAUGCUUGCUCGGUGGACGCUGGACAGGAUGUUUAUUGAUCUUGGCUUGCUGGCUAGGGGGAGCAGGUUCGCGGAUGAAGACGCGGCGUUUGAGCUGAUGUUCCGAAAUAUGUGGGCUGAUAAUGCGGAUGUGGUGUCGAAUGCGUAUUCCGGUACCGGGGCUAUGAAGACUGAUCUGACGAGAACGGGCAAGAGGACCAAGGCUGGUGCGCUGCAGGACGGAAACGUGGCUGUUACGAGAUACUGCAAGAACAACUUUUUGGACGGGCCGAGGCAGGAUGCGUUUGAUUUGUUUUUGGGUGUGUAUCAACCCAGCGUGGGGGGGGGUCUGGUGUUUGUGGACAGGAGGCCGGUGUUGAUCCAGGCGGUGCCGUAUAUUGCGGCGUUUGGGCUUUUUUUUGUGCUGAUGGGGAUGUACUCGCCGAGACUGCCCGACGCGGCCGUGUGGCCGAUGAGGUUGUUUAUCUUGUUUUGGACGGGGGUGACGGGGUGGGCGCUGUGGUUUAUUUUCAAUAACGGGAUGCUCUACGUAAACUGGCCCAAACUCAACCCCAGACCUUGGGCAACGGAGGGCUACCACGAGACGAUUAGCCGGGUGCGCAAGGACAAGAUUCUCGGGCCGCUGGUGGCCAGGCACGAGAGGGGCUUGUCUGUCGCGAGGUACAUCAAUGCCGAGGAAGGCAAGAAGAGGAUCGAGUAG